AAGAUUUAAACUACGCAUUAAGCUUGUGCGUAGAAACGAACCGUGUUUAAUUUUAGUACUAGCCAGUCGCUUCAGUGGAAGCAUAAAACAAAGUUGCAAUAUUUCGGAGCUGUGGCAAAUAGCUAUAGUUCGAAACAAUAAAAUAAAGCGAAGUAGAGUGCAGCCGUGGGAAAACAGCGCCAAACGAAAAGUAAAACGCAUUUUGCUACGCAUACAUAAGCAGAAAAAGCGAAUACACACACACACAGACACAAAAGGGCCAAAAUAACUCGGGCGAAUUAAGAAAAAAGCAUAGUUUCACAUAAAAGCGAGUUAAUAGCAAUAAAACCAAGUUAUCUUGGUGUUGACGUGUUGAACACACACAUACUGACGAUAUAUUAACAAAAUGUCUACGACACCAAAAUCAAGCGAAGAUUUGCUGGGUGAAUCUUGGAUUGAACUGAGCACAACAGCUGCGAUGGCUGGCAUCAAGAGCCCCGACAGAAUCACUCCGUUGCCAUUUAACAAUGGCGAGGAGUAUCUGAGACUUCUGCGCGAAGCUCAGCGCGAAUCCAACCAGUCGAGCCGUGUCGUUUCCUUGGCCAGCUCCCGUCGUGAUACGCCCCGUGAUAGCCCCAAAAGUCCACCGAACAGUCCCCAGUCGGAGCUCUGUCCAGAUGAUGAGCUCAGAAACGUCUACAUCAACUACUGGACCAAGGGUGGAGAUAAACAGAAUGCAGACAACGGAGAUUGGUUGAAGAACUGGAAUCGCAACGCCGAGGAGCAACCACCCAAAAGCUGGAAAUUCGAGACUGUCAGUGGCGAUGCCGGCGAUGAGGACGAGAAAAAGAAGACUAACACAGGCUACUCCAUCCGCUUGAAGCGUCUGGGCUCCAACUCGUUGUUCUCCCGCGAAAUUCUCUACUCGCUCCUGGUGACCAACGUCCUGUCCUUGCUGCUUGGAGCCGGCUUUGGAUUGUGGUUGAGCAAGCGUGGCAUACUCCUUACCCGCGUGGUCAUUGACUGAAAGAUGCCAUAAACAAGAAGAGAAACAGAAAAUAUAUAAACGUUUUCAAUCCAUCAAUAUGCACAUCAAUCGAAAACAGAACACGAAGCGUUCCAUAUAAGAAGUCGAAGUAUACACAUAUAUACAUCCAACCGUAUUCCAACUCAUUGUAUUUUUAUCGGAAGUCCAUAUUUUCGACACCUUCUCAUUCAGUACAUACCUAUAACAAUGUAAUUUGUAAGCCAGCAAACUAAAAACGGCCGUUGGGCGAGGGUUGAACAGUUUAUGAAUACAUAUUUUAUAUAAUUUUAUAUAUUUAACAUGAUAUAUCAAGGCAGCAAAUCUAAUGAUACGGAAAAGCAUUUAUAGAGACUGUUGCUCUAUAUUCUUUUCUUUAGCCGUAUGUCUUAGCACCCACUCGUACAUUUUAUCCAAUACAAGUGUACGUCAAACUAUCAAUCAUUCUAAGAAUUUCAGUUUCAUCAUAAAACUUCAUAUAGAACAUCAAUAUUGUAGGGCACAUUGUAGUUGAAUCAUAUUUGUAUAUCCAAAUCGUACUUUUUGUUGAACAAUCGUCAAAAGUUUUGGUUUUCUUAGCAUAUAUAAAACGAUAAAUUAGAAACAAACCCAUGUAUGGCAAACACACAUAAGUAUAUAUAUUGAUAUGUGAGGGAGGGGUUAGCUCCCACAAAAAAAAAACAACACACAGAAUAGUUGUAACGAUUUUUUAUAUUAAAAUAUUUUUCAAUAUCUAUUUAAAAGAAAA